UGUUUGAAACGCGCCACGGUUAACAUGUCUAACGCCGGAGCAAAUUCUUUAAAGCAACAGGAUGGAAAGAGUCUUCUCAAAAAUGAUCAUCUUCUAAAUCUGGAAGUUGAUGUGCUGUACCAUCUAGGUUUGGACACCUCAAGCAAUGACUUGAAGGCCAUGUUUGGUGAUGUCAAGUAUGUGUGCAUGGGAGGUACAAAGUACAGAAUGCGCGAAUUUGCAGCAUACAUGGCAGUGGUACUUGAGAUUCCUCAGGAAGGGAAGCUGGUGAAUUUGACUAAACAUUCCCAAAGAUAUGCAAUGUAUAAGGUCGGACCCGUACUUUCUGUAAGCCACGGCAUCGGCAUUCCUUCAAUGACUGUCCUCAUGCAAGAGGUGAUCAAGCUGAUGCACUAUGCGGGAGUGAAGGAUCCAGAAUUCUUCAGGAUUGGCACCAGUGGUGGGGUGGGCAUCCCAGCUGGGUCCGUUGUCGUGUCUUCGUGGGGACUCAACGGGGUUUUGGAACGGACAUAUGAUUUGCCAAUACUUGGUACGACGAGAAAGUUCCCAGCCAUACUGGACAACUCGCUGUCACAAGAGUUGCUGGCAACGGCGUCACCUGACGAUGACUUCGAGAUCCACAGUGGUGGUACUUUCGCCACCGAUGAUUUUUACAGAGGCCAAGCCCGCCUCGACGGCCCCUUCUGCGACUACACAGACGCAGACAAGAUGACGUUCCUGAAGAAGCUAUCUUCGAUGGGUGUCAAGAACAUCGAGAUGGAGACAACAGCCUUCGCUGCAUUCACUGGAGAAGCGGGUAUACGGUCUGCUGUGGUUUGCGUUACUUUUUUGGACAGGCUGUUGGGCGACCAAGUAACUACCAGCAAGUCUACGCUUCUGGAUUGGCAGACACGACCCAUGACCGUCAUCGGGCGAUAUAUAGUCAAAUCUUAUCAGAAAACUAAAUCUAAGUGAAUUAAAAUCUUUGCUAAAUAAAGGUUAUUGUUGAA